AUGACGACCGCCAGUGCGUCUAGCAGCGGCUGGGUCCGACGUAGACGACCGUAUUCAACUCUUGACACUCACCAAGUGGCCUCCCUCGUUGCAUCAAUUCGAAGAUCAUCCAGCAGCAAGUCACGGAGAAUCACUGUUGAGCGGAAUGAGCACGUACGCAGUCGCCUGGAGCGAGGAGAUGGCUUACGCCGCGCCGGGACGAGUCAUUCGGUGCACGAGUUUCUACUGAAGCUCAUUCUGGCCCAACAUCUGCUCCAGGAGUUUUUUAGACAGUCGGCCCUGGAGGCGUUGCGGCGCAAUGCGGGCAUGAGCACAGGGCACGCGCGAGGAGAGGCAGUCGGCUUGGACCCUGGCGGCUUGGACCCUUUCGCUCGCCGCGACCUAGGGCGCGAUUUGGGACGCCACUUGGAGCUGAGCCUCAACUCCUUCAGUCGCAACCUAGGACGCAGGAUCGGCAUAACCAGUAGAUUUCUCAACUCCCUCCCGCCGAUAUUCCACGCCUCCACACUCGACCUGCCCAGUCUGGUGGACGAUGCCUUCAGGCAGGUGAUGGUAGAGAUCGUAGAUCCGUCAUCUGAGGAUUGGGGGCCGAGACGUUCGCCGGAACCGCCGGUCACCGGCCCCGAUGAAGACAGGCCGUUUGGAACGUACUCCAGCGAUUCCGACUUGUCGGAUUCUGACUCGGCGUGCGACAAGACUGAAAAACCUAGUCAAGAUUCCAAACCUAAGACUAGUCAAAGUUCGCGACAUGCAGGUCUGGGACUUGCGGAUGUGGAUCAUUCCGCAUAUUCCACUUCUAGGCGGAGAGGUUCUCCAACAUUCAGAUGUUCGAUGCCGGCCGAUUUGGAAACCUUAUUUGAGGUCGACCAGUCUGGGUCUUCAGAUGAAAGUGAUAUUGACAUUUUAUCCGAAUCUGAUUUAUUCCAUACAGAUUCUUCUGAUGAAUGGGAGGUGAACGCAAGGAAACCUAACCGGAUUCCUACACUCAGAUUCCAGUCCUUGUAUUCUGGACCGCCCAAUAGCGAGGAAGAAGAUGGCAUAGAAGUAUUGGAUGUGGAAGUGCGGGAUGCUGUUCAUCGAAAUGUCGAAACAGGAGAAAGCGAAGGAGCUGAGGGAGAAAGUCCGGAAGAAAGUAGAUCAGAAGUACAAAGCGAUGCCAAAGAGGGAAUAGAUGUUAUUUUAGAUGAAGACGACGACGACGAUGAUGAUGAUGAUGAUGAUGAAGAUGAUGAUGAUGAAGAAGAUGAUGAUGAAGAUGAAGAUGAUGAUGAUUCUCUGUAUUACAUGGAAGAGAAUCUGCGAUCUAUUGAAGGCGAAAAUGAAGGGGAAGAUGAAGAACCAAUAGAAGAUGAAGAUAAAGAACAAGGUCGAGUUGGAGAUGAUGAAGCAGAAGAAGAAAGCGAUUCUGAUGUGUCUCUUGAAGAGGAAGAGACCGAAGAGUCUGUUGAAGAUGAAUAUGAUCAUAACUCUCUCGACGGUGAAGGCUGCCCUUCCUUGCAGAGUAAGGAACCGUUCGGACAAGAGCUUGGCUAUGAAUUUGAUGAUAAAGACGACACAAUUGAGUAUGAUAUCACUGAUGACAGUGAGCCUAAAAAUGAAGAGGAAGAAGUAACUACAGAGGAAAGCCAAGACGAGAACGGAGACGAAGAUCUGUUCGCUACUGUCGAGGAAUUACAAACUCCCGACGUUAAUAUAGUGAACGAGUAAAGAUCUAUUGAAAUUUGGCCGAAAAUGAAGCAAAAUAAUCUGAAACACUUUCAAAUAACUGAUAAACGUUUUACCUCCCUCCCCUCAUGCCUGUCCACAAACCGACCUGAAAAAGCAUUGGUCUUUUCUGCCGUUUUUUAUAAUACAUGUUUUCCCACUCUAUGAACUUUUUGAGAACUAUGUUUGCAUCUUCGUAGGUUUUUGUUCAUCCAUUUCAAUCUCACCGUUCUCGUUAGCUUCACUCCAUCGCUUAUCCUGCAUUCUUUAUUGCAUUGCCCUCCCUCUGAUUAUUUUUAUACGUGGGCACUAUAUCUGUUGUUGAAGCAUUUGUUGGUACUGUGUGUUUAAUGUGGUAAUUUAAAAAUAAGGAAGAAAUUAAAGUUUUUGCUCGUAAUUGAGUUUUUGUUUAUCUGUAGGCAACCCAUUGAUCAAGUUUUGAUCCGACUGUGAAUGAAGACUGAUAAAAACUGUGAUUAUUAGUGGAGGCGCGACCUCAAUAUGGAGCUGUGAUCAAACGUUUAAUAUUAGUAGCUCUGUAUAAAGUAUAUAGCGUUUAUUUAUACAACAUACGUAUGGGCGUUUCUCAAAAUAACAUAUUUUUUGUAAUAAGUCAGUAUUUUUGAAAAAUUAUAAAUAUGUAUUGUACAUUACUUAAUUUGCGUGGUUUGAACGCCUCGUAUGAAUAAUUUUGUUAAAUAAGAAAUAAAGAAUUUGUUUAGUUUCUUCAUUGUAAGGUUUUGUACUGUUCAUCUAUCACUGAUAGUUUCAUCACAUAUUAGUUAGAGUUACUAUUACAAAUGCAUUGCACAGCGAAAACGAAAGAUCUUAAAAUUGAAGAAAUGAAUUCUAUGUCUGUGUUGCUCUACUUUCAAUACCCUUUUUGGUGUAUGAUCUUUGUUCAAACAUAGUAUCACAAUUGUACGUUGUGUGUAAGCAUGUUGUAACAGUAUAUAUUGUAACAGUAUUUAUUAUUAAAUAUUACUUUUAUUGAGAAAAGU